CCUUCCUCCCCCGCCGCCGUCCGCGAUGGCGAGCUACCACUACGAUGAGGCCGGCACAAUGGCCUUGUACUUUAUUAUCACUUUUCUAUUUCUCGUGCUCGUUCCUUUGACUCUGUCUCUCUCAAGACCGGCCACGCAGUCCAAGAUGGACAUGAAUGCGUGUCAAUGCCAGGAAUGCAUCGACCAACGCGCACAUAUUCGGAAACAGGAAAGGGGGCCACUAUUUCUGCCAAAGCUGGGGAGAAAAACUAUGUUCGUCAUAGGGGGAUGGGCCCUCUUCGCGUUCCUGUCUUACAAGGUCUCCAACAUCAAAUCAGAUGAGAAAGUAUAUGAUCCCUUCGAAAUUCUCGAAAUCUCUCGGAGUGCUACCGAGAAGGAGAUCAAGUCACGGUACAAGAAGCUCUCCAAGCUCUUUCAUCCGGACAAGGUCAAGUUGGCUGUGAACCAGACCAUGGAGCAAGUCGAAGCGCGCUUCGUUGAGCUGACCAAGGCGUACAAAGCCCUCACAGACGAGACUAUCCGCAAGAACUGGGAGUUAUACGGCCACCCAGACGGCCGCCAGGAAGUGUCUAUGGGCAUAGCUCUCCCUAAGUGGAUCAUCGAAGGGAGGAAUAACAUUUGGGUGCUGGGUGCAUAUGGAUUGGUGUUCGGAGGGGCCCUUCCAGCAGUAGUGGGUCAAUGGUGGUUCGGCAGCCGGAAGAAGACCAAGGAUGGCGUAGAAGCCGAUACGGCCGCGACAUUCUUCAAGACUGUGAAAGAGGAAGCAGGCGUGGACGAAGUGCUGGCGACUGUCAGCAAGGUCAUCCAGCCCCCGAAACAGAGCAAGGCCUCGCAGGAUGCGGACGAAGCGAAGAAGCUUGAAGGUGUCGUGCGCGAGAGACUGGGAAAAUCGGAGUCGAGCAUCCUUGCUCAGUUCCCGCAGGACGAAAACCGUAAACGUGCGUUGGUCCUGCUGUAUGCUCAUCUCCUGCGGUUCCCAGUGGAGAGUGCCUCCUUAAAGAAAGAGCAAGCGGACCUCCUCCUAAACACCCCCGCCCUCCUCAAUGCCAUGCUCAACAUCAUCACCGUUCGUAAUUGGCUCACACCCACGCUCGCCGCCAUGCGUCUCCAUGCCUGCGUCACCCAGGCCAUCCCGCCGGGUCAGCCAAAGCUGAAAUUCGCUCAGCUGCCGGGUAUCGGCGAGGAGGAAGCACUGCAACUCCCGAAUGAGGUCGAGACGCUCGACGAUUUCGUCGGUUACCUUGCGGAGAAGGGGGACGGGCGGGUGGACCAGGUCAAGAAGGCUGUUGCCCGGCUUCCGAGACUGGAGGUCGAGGAUAUCACCUUUAAAGUCAUCGGUGAACGGAUUGUUACACCCUUGUCCAUCGUCCACCUACUCCUCAAGCUUCGCCUAUCUUCCGCUCGGUCAGGAUCAACGUCGGAGAAGCCCGAGUCACGCAACACUGAGAACGACGAGCGGAAAGAUGAGGAGUUCCUGAACAGCCGGAAAGACGCAGAGGACAUCGACGACAUGGACCCUACCAGCGGAUGGGCACACGCACCGCACUGGCCAGGAAUCCGAAAACCCGGCUGGUGGGUCGUGCUAGCGGACGACAAGAUGAGCCGCCUUGUCCAGCCACCGAUGAAGAUCACCGAUGUGCCAUUCUCCGACCCACGCAAAGAGAGGAACUAUCGUUCGUACCGAAUGCAGUUCCAAGCUCCACAAGGCGUUGGUGUGUACACGUGGAAGGUGUACCUCGUCAGCGAUACCUUUGUCGGGGAGGAAGUCGUCCGGGAUGUCAUGCUCAAAGUCGACGACGUCUCUGCGCUGAACACCGAUGAGCAGGGUUACGAAGAUGAGAUAUCGGAUCCCGAGGAGGAUUCCCUAGCGGGCCAGAUGGCUGCCAUGCGUGGGCACUCCGUGAAGAAGCGGACAGAGGAUGACGAGAGCGAUGAGGAGAGCUCGACAGACGACGACGACGAAAAGAACGAUGAUGAUAGCAGUAGUGAUAGUGACUGAUUGGUUUGCACUCACGGCGGGCAAAGCAGGUGUCCUUUUUCCGGACGGCAGGAAAAAGGACACUAUGUCCUUUCACGGCGACCAUCAGUGGGUCAGGAAGUAAAUCUGUCACGAUUGCAUCAUGGUCGUGACAAUGGGUCACGCAGUCUGCAUUUAUAAUAUGAAAAACCCUCGGACGCUCAGUUUUACAAAGCGAAGCAUGCCAUAUGACCCGAUAGGUGACUUUCCGUCCAUAUUCGGACCUUAGGCUCCCAUCCGAGCC